AUGAACUAUGUUGUGGCUGCUCUAAUUGUCGUCAUCAAAGAUGCUCAAGAAGCCACGAACCUGGACCUCGAUGGACUUUCAGUUCAAGAGGUUGCGUUUUGGCUGACAAUCUCCUUAAUUCGGCGAAAAGGGAUGGCAGACCUGUGGAAGCACAAGAUGCCAGGGCUGUCGCAGUGCAUUUAUCUUUUCCAGCAGCUCCUCAAGCUCCACUUUUACGAUUUAUCAGCGCAUUUUCGGCAGAUUGGGAUGCACUCCAACAUCCUUAUCACCCAGUGGUUUGUGACAGUAUUUGCGCGAGUGCUUACCAUCCCGACCCUUACUCGUGUAUGGGACCUGUUCUUUAUGGACGGAUGGAAGACUGUUUACCAAGUUGCUCUCGCCAUUACCUCGGAGCUGCGACCAAAGCUUCUUGAUAUGUGCAGCGAAUUCUUCCGAAAGAACCCCAAACUCGGCCUGGAAGAGGCCUAUCUUCGGCUUCGGCUACAGCAAACACCACUAUCUGAAGAGCAUCGCAUGCUGUUCCCCACCCUCGAGCACGAAGGCGAUGCCGCUGCACAGCGGAAGUCUCUGGAGUUGAUCCGCUCUAAACUACGUCGGUUCGACACAGAUGUUGCGAGUGAUACAGCCUUCCUGCAGCACAAGAUUGAGGCGGCCGAGAAGACCCAGGCUCAAGCGAUGUCAGUGCGCUAUGCCAUCGCGUACGAGCUAUCGGAGGCGGCCAUCGAGUUGAACGAGCGUAUCGAGAUCCGAAAUCGUCUACGCUCCAAGUUCCGCAAGCUCAUGGAGGUCGCUAUCAGCGAGGCAACCACCGCGUCGACGACGCGCUCAUCGGCUUCAGGCUUCACAACGUGGAUCAACCCGUUCGAGUUCAUCAACGAGCGCAUGGCCAGCUGCUUUGAGCGACUUCCUAUCCUUUCAAGCUACAUGGACGCAGGAGAUGAACUUCGUGGUGGCGACAACGACACAGACGAUGAAGAAGCGGAGGAAGCAGAGCGCAACUUGGUGCACCUCGAAGUCCUCGUCCCUCAGCUGGCAGCAGAACUUCGACUCUUGCAGAAGUCACUCGCGUACAACGAGAGAAUUAUUCGCCCUCUGCUGCAGCGAACUCGAAGACUUCAGCGUGACGCGCAACUAGCUCGAGUCGAGUUGGAGGAGGCCCAGCUCUUCAAGGACCGCUUGGCCGACCAACUGCUGCAGAUCAUGUUGGCCAGCGAGAAGCUCAAGAACGAGCGGAUGCAGCAGCUCUUCGCCGAGGUUGAUCGAUCGAGUAGCUAG